CGUCAUUAUCUGCACGGGGCGUCCUUCACGAUGCGCACAGACAACUUAGUUGUCCAGGCUUUCCUCACGAAGCCUAAGCUUUCCCCUCGACAGGCACGCUGGUGGCGUGACUUAUCCGAGUUCAGUUUCACCACUCAGCCCAUCAAGGGUGAAACAAACCGCGUCGCCGAUGCCUUGUCCUGCCGUCCUGAUCACAAUCAGGAAACCCAUCUAUCUUGCUGCCAUCUCCAUCACCAGUGUUGAUCAGUCUGUGAUCGACGCGUAUCGCACUCAGUACCGCCACUGCCCCGAUUAUCGCGUCAUCCACGCGACACUGCGGAGUGGCAAGACCGUUCCUUCCUACUCCCUCGGGGAGAACGGCCUCGUGUACUGGCAUGGCAGAUCUGGUCAGCUAGAACCACGUAUCUGCGUUCCCUCCACCGGACAGCUCCGCGUCCAGGCUGUAGCAGAGUUCCAUGACCAGGCAGCUGCCGGUCAUAGGGGUUUCCACAAGACGUUGGCUCGUGUUUGCCGCCUAUACGACUGGCCGAAGUCCAAGGACUGUGUCAAAGCCUACAUCCAGGAGUGUCCUACCUGCCAGGAGGUGAACAGUGCGAACCACCUUCCGUAUGGGUUACUUCAGCCCCUACCCAUACCUGAAGGUCGUUGGCAGUCUAUCUCGAUGGAUUUCAUUGGUCCCCUCCGCCCACCCACUCAGCGCGGUCAUGAUGCUAUCUUGGUCGUCGUCGAUCGCUUCACGAAGCGUGCACGUUUUGUUUCGUGCCGCUAUCGCAUUAGCGCUCAUGAGGUCGCCGACAUCGUCUUCGACCGAGUCGUGAGGGAUCACGGCUUACCUCAGAGCAUCAUCUCCAACCGUGACCCGCGCUUUACCAACACAUUCUGGCGACGCCUACACGAGCUGUACGGAUCCCAGCUCCGCUUCUCAUCGUCUCACCACCCUCAGAUGGAUGGUCAGACUGAGGUCACCAACAAAACUCUCGAUAAUAUCCUCCGAAAAUUUGUUAGGGAUGACAAGCAGUGGGACUUACACUUAGCCCACGCGGAGAUUGCGUACAACCACGUUGUUUCGCCAGCCACGGGGAUGUCGUCAUUCUAUUGCGACCUCGGCUACCACCCUCACGUACCUGCGGAUUUCCUACGACCAUCGCGGUUGCGCCCAGACACUCGUUGCCCUGCGCUUGAUGACUGGAUCGCCCACAUGGCGGCGAUUAUGAAGCGCGCACACGAGAGUUUAGCCAACUCCCAGACUCGCAUGGCCGCACGAGCGAACCGAUCACGAAUGGAUCAUCCAUUCAAAGUCGGUGACGAUGUGCUCGUCGACGCACGCCACUUACAGCUCGAAGCAGAUAUGCUUCGCAAGUUCAGGCGUCGUUUCUUCGGUCCAUGCCGCAUUCUUCAGGCCGUCGGCUCUGAUACUGCCGCUAGUCCGGUCAGCUUCCGUGUGAAGCUACCUGAUUACCUUCGACAGGCUCGCGUACACGAUGUUUACCACGUCUCCUUGCUGCGUCCUUAUCGCAGACCGUCCGAGCGCUUCGCCGGACGCCCUCAUGAGCUCCCUCCACCUAUCAUGGUGGACGGUCACGAGGAGUUCGUUGUUUCCGACAUCGUAUCACGCCGAGUUACCGACGAUACCCCUCCACGCAUCGAGUACCUUGUGCGUUGGAAGGGCUACCCUGAUGAGGAGGCUACUUGGGAGCCCCUCGAGCACUUGCAGCACGCCAGGAUGUUGCAGCAAGAGCAAGAGGAAGAGGAGGAGGAGGAGGAGGAGGAGGAGGAGGAGGAGGAGGACAAGGAGAAGAAGGGACAAGAGGAGCAGGACAAGGAGAAGAAGGGACAAGUGGAGAAGGACAAGGAGAAGAAGGGACAAGAGGAGGGGGACAAGGAGAAGGACAGGACAAGAGGAGGAGGACAAGGAGAAGGACAGGACAAGAGGAGGAGGACAAGGAGAAGAACGGACAAGAGGAGGAGGACAAGGAGAAGAAGGGACAAGAGGGGGAGAACAAGGAGAAGGAAUGAACAAGAGGAGGAGGACAAGGAGAAGGAAUGGACAAGAGGAGGAGGACAAGGAGAAGAAGGGACAAGAGGAGGAGGACAAGGAGAAGAAGGGACAGUCUGGAGAAGAGUAUAGGAGAAGCAGACACGAAGACGACGCAAGGAAGAGAGUGAAGAACAUUAUAAGAGUGCAACCAGAUGAUUAAUUGAAAGG